AUAUCACCCAUCUCAAAUCCACCACUACCAGGGUGAAGACCGCAACUCAUCGUAACUCGCAAGCAAACUCGGUGAGGUGCUUCGAGGGAACUGUGGAGGCCCAGCGAGUCACUGUCCAGAACGGGAAUGAUUCGCUGGAUAUAUGCCGAGUCCUGAACGGGAUGUGGCAGACAGUGGUGGUUGGGGCCGAAUUGAUCGAGAUGACGCUGUCGAAGCCAUGCUCCGAUACGCUGAUGCAGGCCUCUCCACCUUCGACAUGGCUGAUCACUAUGGGCCUGCUGAAGACCUAUAUGGCAUCUUUAUCAAUCGUGUUCGUCGAGAGCGCCCGCCAGAGUUCGCAGAUAAGGUCAGAGGUCUUACAAAAUGGGUGCCACCACCAGUUAAGAUGACAAGUAGCUAUGUGAGGGAGAACAUCAAUGUUUCGCGGAAGAGAAUGGACGUGGCUUCCUUGGAUAUGCUUCAGUUUCAUUGGUGGGACUAUUCAAAUCCUGGUUACCUCGAUGCACUAAAACACCUUGCAGAUCUGAAAGCAGAAGGUAAAAUCAAGACAGUUGCUUUAACAAAUUUUGAUACAGAAAGAUUGCAAAUAAUCCUUGAAAAUGAAAUUCCUGUUGUAAGCAAUCAGGUGCAACAUUCAAUUGUUGACAUGCGUCCUCAACAGAAGAUGGCAGAGCUUUGUCAGCUUACAGGAGUCAAACUUAUAACGUAUGGAACAGUAAUGGGUGGUCUGUUAUCUGAGAAGUUUCUCGACACCAACUUAGCAAUCCCUUUUGCUGGCCCUCCAUUAAACACACCCUCCCUCCAGAAGUACAAAAGGAUGGUUGAUGCCUGGGGAGGAUGGAGCCUGUUCCAAGUCCUGCUUCAAACGCUUAAAAAAGUAGCAUCUAAACACAAGGUUUCGAUCCCAACUGUUGCAGUGAAAUAUAUUCUAGAUCAGCCCACAGUGGCAGGAUCAAUGAUUGGCGUUAGACUUGGGCUGUCAGAACACAUCAACGACUCAAAUGCUAUCUUUUCUCUUGAUCUUGACGAGGACGAUAUAAACAGCAUACAAGAAGUCACAAAAAAAGGGAAAGAUCUCCUUCGUGUAAUUGGUGACUGUGGAGAUGAAUAUAGGCGUUUAUGAGACUAGACAGUGUUGACUUAUAUGUUCUUCUCACUUUAAUUGCUUUUACUUGAGUAAUAAUAAUAAAUAAAUAAAAUACUUCGCUGAUUUUUCUGUUAA